CGCCCCGGUUCUAUAACCGGGCCCGACGGCUCCAGCUCUGCCUGUUUCUGGGAGUUAAACUUCCCAAACAAGGCACUUUACGCCCAAAAAACCCAAAAACCUCCCACUUCUUUCCCAGGUUGCGUUCCGCCGGGGUCGCCCCGCCAUGCAGCACAGCUCCAUCCACUGGUUUCGGAAAGGUCUCCGGCUGCACGACAACCCAGCACUGCUGGCAGCAGCCACCGGCUGCCACCGCCUUCAUCCCCUCUUCAUCCUCCAUCCCUCCAGCAGCCGGGCAGGCGCCAAUGCCCGCCGGUUCCUCCUGGAGGCCCUGCAGGAUUUGGACAGUAGCCUACAGAAAAUAGGCUCCAGGCUGUUCGUGGCACGGGGCUGCCCCGAGGAGGUUCUCCCCCGUCUCUUCCGUGCCUGGGGGACGACACGGCUGACCUUCGAGGUAGACACCGAACCCCUCACCCGCCAGAGUGAUGCCACUGUGGCUGAGUUGGCAGCCCAGCACGGCGUGGAGGUGAUCCGGGAGGUGUCCCACACCCUCUACGACACUGAGAGAGUCCUUGCCCUGAACAAUGGCAAAGCCCCCCUGACCUACAAGCACCUGCAGAGCCUCCUGGCAUCCCUUGGACCUCCAGAGAAGCCAGCCCCUGCGCUCACCCAGGAGCACCUCCAGGGCUGCUUCACCCCAUGCCAGGCCAGCCACGACAUCAACUACGGGAUCCCCACCUUGGAGGAGCUGGGCCACGACCCCACUGAAGUGGGUCCUCAGCUCUACCCUGGCGGGGAGACAGCCGCGCUUGCCCGGCUCGACAUGUUCAUGGAGAGGACAGCCUGGGUGUGCAGCUUCAGGAAGCCUGAGACAGAGCCCACCUCGCUGCGCCCCAGCACCACCGUCCUCAGCCCCUACCUCACGCUUGGCUGUCUGUCGGUCCGCACCUUCUGGUGGCGGAUUGAAGAGGUCUACCAGAGGCAGCGGGAGCACUCCCAGCCCCCCGUCUCCUUGCACGGGCAGCUCCUUUGGAGGGAGUUUUUCUACACCGCGGGCGCCAGCAUUCCCAACUUCGACCGGAUGGUUGGCAACCCCGUCUGCCUACAGGUCGACUGGGAUGACAACCCCCAGCACCUCUGCGCCUGGAGGGAGGGCCGGACAGGUUACCCCUUCAUCGACGCCAUCAUGACCCAGCUGCGCACCGAGGGCUGGAUCCACCACCUCGCCCGGCACGCUGUUGCCUGCUUCCUCACCCGCGGGGACCUCUGGAUCUCUUGGGAAGAAGGGCUGAAGGUCUUUGAGGAGCUCCUGCUAGACGCUGACUGGUCCCUCAACGCCGGCAACUGGCUGUGGCUGUCGGGCAGCGCCUUUUUCCACCGGUAUUUCCAUGUCUAUUCACCCAUCGCCUUUGGCAAGAAGACAGACCGGGAUGGGGCGUACAUCCGAAAAUACCUCCCCAUCCUCAAGGAUUUCCCUGCCGAGUACAUCUACGAGCCCUGGAAGGCACCACAGGCUGUGCAGGAGCGCGCGGGCUGCCUGGUGGGCACCCACUACCCCCAGCCUAUUGUGGAGCACGGGGUGGCCAGAGAGAGGAACCUGGGGCGCAUGAAGGCAGCCCGUGCCUGGAGAGGUAAAAAAUCCCCCAAGGGGGGCCAAGCUCCCCCCACAGCCCUGCUGCCACCCCAGCUGCCUUCCUGCCCUCUAGGCACCAAGCGGAAAGCACCAACCAGGCCCUUGGUGGCCAGAUCACCAAGGAAAAAGCCCAAGGCUGAGCAGCGCUGAGCUCCACAGGGAUCAGGCAUCACUUGUCCUGUUUCCAUUCAGCUGCCUCACAUUAAUCCCUUACCCUUCCCUGCUCCGAGACCAACUUUGCUGCUGCUGUCACCACCUGAAAUAUCAAGUCCCCACCCGAGGACGAACCCUGAUGGAGGGCAAGUCAGCCCCAACUGGCAACCCCUGAGCUGCUGGACCAUGGUCCAGAGGGUGAACAUCCCCGCACAAACCCAAGCUCUGAAGGGCAACACCCCACUGCACCGACCUCACCCCUGCCUUAGCUAUAACAUCAUUAUUAAAUGCAAUAGAGUAAUUAAGCAAGCACAGCAUGAUUCACACCUCUUGACCCA